AUGACGAUACCGCUUCCCGCCGUCCCCCUGUUGUGCGGCCCUGCACCACGCCGUGGCCCCGUGCGGCUGCGCGGAUCUUCCGGCGUGGGCUCCUCCUGCCCUGGGCUGUUAUUUCCGGCUGGUCCACCGCACCGCUCCCUUCCCUCCCCCCUCAACUCCCUGCCUUGUGCCCCUCGCCCCCCGCGGCCUGCCUGCGUUCUCCUGUCGCUUUGCCGCCCCCGGCUUUUCCCACCGGUCCCGUCCUGUCCCCCUCCCCUGUGCCGCCCCUCGCCCCGCCUCCCCCCUCACCCGUCCCUGCCCCCCGCUCCCGCCCGGCGCCCUGGGCCCCUGACCACCUCCCCCCCUCCAUUGCACUCCCCUCCUUCCCCCGCCGCCUCCUCCUGCCUCCCGGAGCGGGCCGUCCCGCCCUCCUUUCCGCGGCCGCACCUCUGCCCGCCCGCCGCCCCAGCUCUGUCUCUCCCUCCCCCCCUGCCGGCCCUGUGCUGCCCCGCUGUCUGCCUGUUGCGCACUCUUCCCCCCUCCCUGGCGCCCUGUCACUGUCCCAGCCGUGCUUCACCCGCCUCCCCUACUCCUGUCCCCCCCCCCCCCGGGCCCGGCUUCCCUGCCUCGCCGCACCGCUCACCCCCUCCCCCUCUGUGUUCACACAUGUCUUUUGACGCGGGCCUGUGGGCUUUCGCCACCCUGCCCACGCCCCUCUGGCCCGCGCCUGCCGUUCGCCCUCCGGCGCCCGGUCUGUCAGCCCAACUGCGUCCCCCUGGCCCUACACCACUUCCCUAUCCCGCCGUCCUGGCCUCCCCCGGAACCCUAUGCCACACCGCUCCUGUUUGUGGCCUUCCCGCUUUGCUUUCACCCCCGCCAUCCCCUCCUCCGCUUCUGUUACCCGGACCCGCCUCCACCCGCUUCACUGUGCCUUUGCCCUCCCCCCUGCGGCUCACCCGCGUUCGCUGUCUGCAUCGGCACGGCCGCCCCCUCAACCGGCUGGGCCUGUCUCAUGUCUCUCCGCUCCGCCCCGCUCCCCCCACGGCUGCGUUCUUUCUCCUCGUGCUCUCUUCUUCCUGUCCACCCCCCACGCUGCCCUCCCCGUUCCCCGGUCCGUCCGGUCCUGCCGUUUGCGGCAUGCCCCUCUCCUUGGUGCCUCUCUCGUGGACGCAUGGUCCUGCCUCCCGCUGGGAGCUUGACCGCCUCCUGGUGAGCCUGGUGCCGCCCCGCCCCCCCUGGCGCCCUCACCUGCCGCUGGUUGUGGCCUUUGGGACGCCCCCGGCGCCCUCCGCCCCCCUCACUACUGUGUGCCUCCCCGCAGUUGGACUUCUGGCGGCAGUCCUUCCCCUUCCCUGGUUCCCGAGCUCCUUCCACCCGGCACCCGUGGACCUGCCAUCUCCGGCUCUCUCCACCGCCGGACACGCCCCGCCCAGCGGCUGUUCUUCCUGGCGGCCGCUGGGGCACUUCCCCACCUGCCCACCGCCCGCUGCUGGUUGGCCCCUGCCCUCCCUCGCGUCCUCCCUCACCCCCUUUUCCCUCCCUCCUGGUACGCUGCUGGCCCUGCCCCGGCCCGGCUUCUCCCUUUCGCAUUCCGCUGCCCUGGUCUCUGGGCCGCCGCCUCCUGCGCGGCCUGGUUCCCUCCGGCGCCCCGCUUGGCCCCCAACCGCCCCGUUUUUUAUUCCCCUCUCCCCGCCUGGCCUCCGUCCCCCGGCCGGGCCCCUGCGCCCUGCUCUUCCCCGCCCUUGUUGUUUGGCGUGGCGCCUGCCGCCUCUUCGCACCGCUGGUCCCUUGGGCCGGGACUCCUGGUUCAUUCUCGGCGUCCUCUGUCUCCUUAGCCCCAUCGCGACUUGA